AUGGAAGAAUCAAACGAACCUUGUUUGGGUGUCGACAAACCCGCGCCCCCACCGCCGCCGCCUCCUCCGCCUCCGCCUCUCCCUCCAGCUCCGCUCUCCCAGAAACCCCCAACACGCAAGGUGGCAGCGGUUCCUAACCAGCCAACAAUCCAAGCCGCUCCACCCUCCGACGGCCCCAACCCCCCGCCCUUCCAACCCACUUACUACUUCUUCUACGGCACGCUCACCAAACCACACAUCCUCCAAGGCGUCCUCGGCCUGGAUUCUGCACCAACCCCCCUCCACCCCGCCCAAAUCCACCACCACGAACUCACCGCCUGGGGCAAUUACCGCAUGCUCAUCGACAGCAGCAACCCAGAAGCCGUCGUCGACGGGUACGCCUACCACGUCCAGUUCGCCGAGGAGGCGCACAAGCUGGGCUACUACGAGCCUAACGCCUACGUCUUGACGGAUUGCACGAUCCACUUCACCGACCCAAGUCAGGGCAGCAGCAGCAGCCCUCCCGUGGUGGAGGGGAAAACGUUCAAGUAUGCCGGGGACGCGGCGGCGCUCAGGGAGGGCCGGUUUGAUCGCGUGCUUUGGGAGCGGCAGAUGGGCCGGCCGUGGCCGUUGAGACGGCAGCAGGGGGGGACGCCCGAGUAA